AUGUCUCUUUUCCGCAAUUGCAGGGCUGCCACCGUGCAGUUCCGCGGCUUCACCUCAUCCUCCUGUCUGCGGGUCGGCCCCGAGUCUCCUAACUUCGUCGACAUCCCUCAACCCAUUCAGCCCGAUCUUCCCUCGAAGCCCCGCGUCAAGGGUACCCUGCCCGUCCCCCGAGAACUCUUCCCGGCCCGCCGCAAGGACAAGCCAACAGAGGCAUACAUCAAUGCCGCGACGCCUCUUCCGACUAAGGAGACCAAUUUGGAUCCCAAUGACCCCAAUACCGAAUACAUUGAGUGGAAGAAGCGCAUGGCGGAGAUGAGACGCAAGAACCUCCGCGAAGGUCUCCUGGAACUACACACUCGAAAGCAGCGGACGGACAAGGCCAUGAUGCAGCGGAGUUUGGAGAAGCAGAAGCGUCGGGACCGUAUCCUCCGCCAGCCUGAGAGAGAAGACCAGCGGUUGACCCGUAACUCCGUCAUUCAGGACAUGCUACCCAAACAUACCGCCGUGCUGCCGGAUCCUGACCGCGAGACCCGCCUGGCUGAGUCCAAGGCCCGCCUCGAGUACCAGCAGGCUGUGAAGGAGGCCGAGCGUCAAGACAACCUGCAAGAGCUGUACAUGAAUGCUCGGAACUUCAUUACCACAGAGGCUCAGCUUCUGGCCGAGAUUGAGCGGGUCUUCCCCGAGGGUGAGAACGAGGCCUGGCGCAGUGACCACCAGGAGGGCGAGAACAUCUGGAACUUGGGUGUGCCCCCUACUGUCCAGGGUAUUGUCAACGAGACCAGGAAGAGCGAGACCGCUCGCUGGGACGUCAUCCAGAACAGAGUCAAGCAGCUGGGAGAGCAGAUCACUGGUGGCAAAUUGUGA